AUGCUCGUAACAACAAGAUACUACGAUGUUCCCACUAAGCUUGACCUCAACGGUCGCCCCGUUAGAAUAUUCGUCAUUUCCCCUAGCGUGCAAAACUAUCCACAGGCAAAAUUUCCAGGCGUAAUUGUCUUCAGUGAAAUUUACCAGGUCACCGGACCAGUAGAACGCUUUGCAGGUCAGAUCGCGAGCCACGGAUACGUCGUCGCGUGUCCGUCCGUAUAUCAUGAAUUUCAAGGGCCCGAGGCGAUCCCUUACGAUGUUGAAGGCACCGACAGAGGAAAUAAGUACAAGAUUGAGAAACGCGUCGAAGCGUAUGACGAGGAUGCAACACUUGCGACUGAUCUCUUAAUGUCCUUGGAAAAUUGCACUGGACGAAUUGGAGCCACGGGAAUGUGCCUUGGAGGCCAUCUUGCAUUCAGAGCUGCGUUUGACCCUCGCGUCCUUGCGUCCGUCUGUUUCUUUGCAACCGAUAUUCAUAGCGCGACUCUUGGAAGGGGAAAAAACGACGACACCCUCGUCCGCGUGCGUAAGGGCGACCUUGCGGGAAAAGGCGAACUUGUGAUAAUAUUUGGAAAGCAGGAUACUCAUGUGCCACGUAGUGGAAGAGAUCUCAUCCGCACUACCUUGGAGGAUGCGAAUGUUACCGCAUCGUUUCUGGAAGUCCAAGCUCAGCACGCUUUCAUUCGCGACGAACAUUCUAAGGGUAGAUGGGAUGCUGCCUUGACAAGAUCCCUCUUCACUUUUAUGUUAGAGGUGUUUGAAAGGACAAUCGGGAGAGACCUUGGUCCCAGAGGUGGAAACAGCGAGGCACCUGAGCAUAUCUGUUGA